AUGGCCAGUCUCGUCACUCAACUGCAAGUCCUUGCUCAGGAGAGCGGAUGUUUCCUCGACAUCUCCGCCCUCAUCGACCUGAGCGUCUGCCCCAACAUCAACAUCAAGGCCGACAAGCCCAAGGUCGUGAACGUCAAGGAAGACGGCCACAUCUGCAUCACCCCCACCACAGUGAGUUGAAAGCAUCCAUAUGGCUAACAGUGAAUCCGUCGGCUAACUUGAUCAGGGUGGAAAUAACGGAAACAAUGGCGGCAACCCCAACCCUGGAAACAACGGCGGCAACCCCAACCCGGGCAACAACGGCGGUAACAACGGCAACCCCAAUCCUGGAAACAACGGCGGUAACAACGGCAACCCCAAUCCUGGAAACAACGGCGGUAACAACGGCGGCAAUCCCAACCCAGGUGACAACAAGCCGGACCCCAACCAGAACGGCAACACCAACAACCCCAACCCAGGAAACAAUGGUGGUAACAACGGAAGCAACAACGGUAACCCCAACCCGGGAAACAACGGUGGUAACAACGGCGGCAACCCCAACCCCGGUGACAACGGCAACAAUGGCGGUAACAACGGGGGUAACAACGGCAAUCCUAACCCGGGCAACAAUGGUGGUAACAACGGCGGAAACCCCAACCCGGGAAACAACGGCAACGGCGGUAACCCCAACCCAGGAAACAACGGCGGUAACAACGGGGGUAACAGCGGCAAUCCUAACCCGGGCAACAAUGGUGGUAACAACGGCGGAAACCCCAACCCGGGCAACAACGGCGGUAACAACGGAGGAAACAACGGAAACCCCAACCCUGGGAACAACGGUGGUAACAACGGCGGCAACCCAAACCCCGGUAACAACGGCAAUGGUGGUAAUCCCAACCCAGGAAACAACGGCGGUAACAACGGAGGCAACAACGGAAACCCCAACCCUGGAAACAACGGUGGUAACAACGGAGGCAACCCCAACCCAGGGAACGGUGGUGACAAGCCCGAUCCUAACCAGGGCGGCAACAAUGGCAACCCUAAGCCCGGUGACAACGGCAAUGGCGGGAACCCCAAGCCAGGAGACGGUGGUAACAAGCCCGAUCCUAACCAGGGCGGCAACAAUGGCAACCCCAACACCGGCAACCCUGGCCAGUGCCCCACGAACACCUGCUUCGAAGUCCCCGAUCAGGUCUGCGAGAAGCCCCUCGUUGCCCUCGAUCUCGACAUCCUCGUUCUCCUUGAUCUCCUCACCGAGGAGGAACUUGAGAAGUACCUCAAGAUCACAGGUGCUCUGCCAAAGGAUGACAAACUCGAAGUCGACAAGAAGCCCGUCGGCGUUGACCCUCUGCUCAGCUUGGGACUUCUCAAUGAAGAUGAAAUCCUUGGCCUGAACCUGGGUGGUGAGAAUGGCCUCCUUAACCUUGGUCUCGGAGGCAAGAACGGUCUUGCCAAGCUUAGCUUGGGCAAGGAUGGAAGCAUCCUUGAUCUAAACCUCCGUAAGCGCCACGACUACGAUGAUCAUUACGAUGGCCUCCUUGACAUUGAUGUCGGUGGAAAGAAAGACGACAAGAAUGCCGCCAUUGAUAUUGAUGUCCUUACACACGAUCGUCGCCACGAUGAAUAUGAUGGCCUCCUUGAUAUCGAUGUUGGUGGACAGAAGGAUGA